UUCAGCUGUCAUUUUUGACAUUGACAUUUAUAUUUCGAACAAGUGUGUCGGACGGAGUGUUUUAUUUCAACAAAAUGUCCUCACAAUUAUCUGCUCGGGAAUUACUUGAAUUAGGUGAUGAAGGGAGAACAAAAUCUGUAUUGACUAGAUUCUGGCCAGAGGUACUUGGCACCUUUUUUGGAGUGGGCGUCGGAACAUUUAUUAACUUCCAAACACGACGUCCCCCUUUUAGUGGAAUUCAAAAGCAUAUUUUCCUAACUGCCGGACUAGUGGCUGCUUUCACCUACUUGCAAAAGCAUAGAGAUAGUUACUUUGCAGAAAAAGAUGCAAUACUGAGACAUUAUCUAGAGUUACACCCUGAAGAGUUUCAAGAACCUCCUCGCAAGAAGAUUGCCGAUAUCUUUGAGCCAUGGGUCCCAGUGCGUUAAAAAUACCUUUAUGUUAUUUAGAUAAAUAAUUAGAUUAUGUGAAUAAAACAAAUAUUUCAUUUAAUACAAAAUAUUUAUUCCUGUUUGAUACAGUUCUGAGCAUCUUGGUUGUUUAUGUACUUUUUGGCCAUGUAAAAAUAAAUGGAAUGCAAAUAAUAUUCUAGAUAUUUUCUUUUCU